AUGUUCAUGCAGAAACUCAUCUCAUGUUUCUCCUCUCAGGUGUCAACUGACAGCCUAACAACAGAUCUAUUAGAGGUGAUCCUGUCACACCUGGCUUUAACCUUUGCUUUACUUCUGGCUGCUCUCGCCGCCCUCAGCUGGUACAUCAGAGAUUCCUACAAGGUCGAUGGCUUCAACCAGAAGCAUGUGUUCAUCACAGGCUGUGACAGCGGCUUUGGGAAUCUGCUGGCUAGACAGCUGGAUCAAAAAGGUUUCCACGUCAUAGCUGCGUGUCUCACGGAGGAAGGUGCAGCAGCUUUGGCAUCCAAGGCCUCCCCCAGACUGAAGACCCUCCUGUUGAACGUUACAGACAGUGAGAGCAUCAGGAGGGCGGUGGAGUUUGUGAGCAGAGAGGUCAGAGAGCGAGGUCUGUGGGGGCUGGUGAACAACGCCGGCAGGUCCAUACCGAUCGGCCCAACAGAAUGGAUGCAGUUAGAGGAUUUCACAAAGGUUUUGGAUGUGAAUCUGGUCGGAGUCAUUGAAGUGACCCUCCAGUUUCUGCCACUCCUGAAGAAAGCACAGGGUAGGGUGGUAAAUGUGGCCAGUAUUCUGGGCAGACUGGCGCUCACAGGUGGAGGCUACUGCCUUUCCAAGUGGGGAGUGGAAGCCUUCUCCGACAGCCUCAGGAGGGACAUGCAACACUUUGGCAUCAAAGUGAGCAUUAUUGAACCUGGUUUCUUCAAGACAGCCGUGACCCGGCUGGAUCUUAUUGAAGCCGACCUGAGGAGGCUGUGGGCCCGCGUCCCUCAAGAUGUUAAAGACUCCUAUGGAACGACAUACUUUGACGACUAUUUGAAAGCUCAGGACUUCUCUAUGGGCUUGUUGUGCAGCCCAGACAUCUCCAAGGUGACCAGGUGUAUGGAGCACGCCUUGACUGCCUGUUUCCCACGCACACGUUACGGUGCAGGGUGGGAUGCCAAAUUUUUCUGGAUUCCUCUGUCCUACCUCCCGUCAUUUGUGUCAGAUUUUGUCAUAAGUGUGCUUCUUCCUCGACCUAAAGAUGAGACGAAGUCCAGCAAGCAGCACAUAAACUAAAAGGACUGUAAAGUAGCCUGUGUGACACAGAUGUUUCCUCCUGUCAGCAGUGUAAGAAAACACAAAACUAGGAGGAAAUGAAAUAUAUUGUGGCAAUAAGGGGAAAAAAAACUGUCAAGACUGUGUUACAAAAUAGGAAAUUUAUUCAUUCAUGUCUCAGCAGCAGCAAUUUAAACCCUAUGGGCAUCUUCUGGAUGAUCACAGAUACAGUUUUUUUUUUUUAUUGAUGAUACAAAAUAAAUCAUUCUGUAAGUUAAGAAUUUAUUCACCGUGUUUAUAAAAUGACAUCUGCAUCCUCAGGUCACAUGUUGCUCUUCAAGAUAAUCAACUACAUAAAUUCAUUUCCAUGAAACAGACAUGGGCACGUUCAAGUAUUGCUCCAAAAACAAUUUUGGCCAUUGUUCCAAUAUCAUUACUAAAAAAAAAAAUCAUGUUGAUUCAAAGUCACAAAGCCAAGGAUGGUAAAGGUAGAAAUGCGUUUGAUUAAGUACAAUUAGCAUGCUUCGCACACAUAUUUUAGCUCAUGCAUCUGUUUAUAAUGGAGAACAUAUCUUUGAAAAAUUAAUGGCAUAAGUUAAAAUCCAAUUUAUUUUGUGUUUAUUUUGUUUGUUUUUCAGCCCUGAAGGUACGUGAGGUAUAUAAACAUGAAAGAUGAAAUAAAUACAUCUUCAGUUUUUGUUCAGUGGCAAAAAAAAAAAAAAUCAUUAUCACAUUUCUCUAAUCACCUUCAAUGAUAUAAGUACUGUACAUUCAGAAUGCAGCUCAUCUUUUUUAUGUGUUAUUGUGUUUAAGUGGAACUAUUCAUAAGAUCUAUUUCAAAUAGUCUGAAGAUAUCUCUGACAAAAUCUUACUGUUCAAAUUUACAAAUAUACAACAUAUUUAUUAACAUUUCUAUCAGCAGCUUCAGUGCAAAGAUAUACAUAUAGUACAUCGGAAUAAAGAAAAAAACAUUAACACAAGAAUUGGCAUAAGAAAUGUCAGAAGGCAUAGUCGCAGAAGACUGUUUUCUUCAUUCUAUAGACGUGUGUGUCUCUUACCUAAAACAAUUUGAGUUUUGUACACAGGCUGCAUAAAAAAAUAAAUUCUGUGCAAAGUGUG